UUUCAGGUUUUCAAAUUUCGGAAGGCGGCAAGACUUGGAAGCUUUUGUUCAGAAAAUUUUGAGAGAGAGAGAGAGAGAAAUGGACGCUUCAAUAGCGAUGUUCUGCAAAACCCUAGCUGGUUUCUGUAACCACCUUCAGAGCAGUUGCGAUGCUCUCAAGCAAUCCAUUGAACGCCGCCCAAUCCCUCUCGAUUCUGCUUCGUCGACCUACGUACAGCGUCUAAACAAUCGAGUGUCUUCCACCAGCGGCGAUCUCAACCUGCUGGAGUCGAUGUCGUUUGGGACCGUCUCAUUCGAGGAGCUUUUGGGUCACUGCAAUGAAGUGUACAAGAAGACUGAGAGUGAUCUUGUCGAGCUUGAAGAUCGACUCAGGAGUUUCGGUUACGUCCCUGAAAUUGACAAAGUUGAAAACGAUGAGGUCUGUGAUGAUUCAUCGAUUCCACUCGAAUUAGACUUGAAGACUGUCCACGAGGACCCGUUAUUUGAGGAUUCAUUGAGUUUACAGGAUCUUGGACUUUCGGAUGUUUGUCUUGCCACUAUAGCAUCGGAAGCUAAAAAGAUGAUUGAUAGCCCAGAUAUGUGUUUGAGAGAACCAACAAAGUCUGGUGCUCUAAAGCCCACGAUAAGUAUUUCUGAAAAUGAUUAUGAAGAUCUUCCUUCAUAUAUGAAAAGUCUUGCCUCAUGGGAGGAUCUGCUGGCUGCUGUUGAGAAGAUGAAUUCAAGCCUGAGGGAACAGGUAAAAACAGAGGGAGGAAACUUCUUCCUCCAAAGUGAACUUGCUUUGCUGGGGUUAGGGCCUAAAGCAAGGUCUUAUCUGUUGCUGCUCGUACGCUUGAAUCGGUUGGUGGUUGAAACCAUUGAUGGUUCGAUUUCCUAUAGAGUAUUGUAGACGAGUCAGAGGGCGAAGGGUAGAUGUACCACCCUCUAACAAUCAACAAAGUAAGUUGUAAUCUUCUACUUGAAAACAUUAAAAGAUUUUCCUCCUUGUACUUUUUUAGUAAAUAUGGUAUUGCAUUGAUUUGGUACAAUAUUUUAUAUUAAUCAUUUGUCCCCCUUAUUGUAUAGGCAAUGUGGUUCUUGCAUCUAAAAUA